GAGAGACAGCAAAGGAGGAUAAAAGAACACAGGGGGGUUCUCCCAGCAUUGGUAUGCCUGCCUACCUCAUUUCCACUCCAGACAUAGCUGCUGCUCCUCUGGAUAGAAACAACAGCUGAGGUGUGUUUGUAUAUGAGCGUGGACGUGUUUUAAAUACUAGUGACCCUGCGCAUUGCUUACAUCCUCUCAGCUCGUGGAAGCCUGCUGAGAAACAGGAAAGUGAAGAGGACAAGGAAGAAAGAAGAAACAGCUGGAGGACGGAAUAAAAGGAAGAAAAUAUUCUCCUUCGUUUAUGUCUGCGGCAUGUUACAUUAUCACGUCUUUUCACUGGAAUCUGCAUCUGUGACUCUGUGGACUUGAGACAGAUAAAAGCGGACCUCAUCUCUGCUCUCUGCAGCUGCAGCAGAUGUUGGAGACAUCUCAGACUUUAUAGGGAGCGGAGGUAUUUCAAGCAUAGAUUGGACUGGAAUUCCUUUAAACAAAGUCACACUUCUUGUUUUGUGCCUUCAUUUGGGGAGUUAAGGAAAGAAGAAAAGGGAUACAGACAUUUCUGGUUUUUAUAUUUUCAUCUGUUUUACUCUGUUGUUUUCGUACAUUUGUGUAAAACCACAUCUGCCUGCAUUCAGGACAAAGCAAGGUUUCUUUUUUCGCUGUACGCUCCAUCCCUCCUGCAUCCGAGAUGGCAGAAGACAGCAAUCUCAGCGUGGAUUCGCAGCAUGACACGUCGAGUUUGAACUGAAACUGUACAGCUACCUUAAGAACCAGCCAGCCACCCAUCAAAACACUGGUUCACCCUCCCCCUAAAGGGCCCCGCUGACAGGUAUUCCUGCCCAUGAUCAUGAAUUCCUCCCUGGAUCCACUGAACCAAAGCUCUGCUGACCCUUCAAACUUAUCUGCUCCCUUCUGCCUCCUUGAGAUAGGCUAUUCGCAAGCUUUCUCCACCUGCCUCCUUGAAGUCUCCAUCAUCCUCCUGCUCACUGUUCUGAUUAUUUCUGGUAACCUAGUUGUGAUUUUUGUGUUCCACUGUGCCCCUUUGCUCAGCCAGCACACCACGAGCGCUUUCAUCCAGACUAUGGCGUACGCUGAUCUGCUGGUGGGGGUCAGCUGCCUAUUCCCAUCACUGUCCCUCCUCCAUCACCUCCAGGGCCUCAACCCUAGACUCACCUGCCAGGUGUUUGGGUACAUGGUAUCUGUUUUGAAGUCUGUUUCAAUGGCGUCAUUGGCAUGCGUGAGCGUGGACCGCUACAUCGCCAUCACACGCCCUUUGACCUAUGCUUCCCUGGUGACGCCGUGUCGGGUACGCUUCUGCAUCGCUCUGAUAUGGCUCUAUUCUUCUCUGGUGUUUCUCCCAUCCUUCCUUGGCUGGGGGAAACCUGGUUAUCAUGGCGAUGUUGUGGAGUGGUGCGCAGUAGAGUGGAGGACACAGCCAGCUUUCACGACCUUUAUAGUUGCACUGCUCUACGCCCCCGCUGCUCUCACCGUCUGCUUCACCUACGCAAACAUCUUCAAGAUCUGCCGGCAGCACACCCGGGAGAUCAGUGAGCGCCACGCUCGCUACCGACCCCAACAGCUGCAGGGCCCGGGAUCUGUAAUCAAGGACAACAAUAUAAAAGAGCAAGGGCAGCUACCACACUUAUCCCAAAUGCACAAAUCCCAACAGCACUAUCAGCAGCCCACAUCAACCUACCCAGACAAACGAUACGCCAUGGUACUCUUUCGUAUCACAAGUGUGUUUUACAUCCUCUGGUUGCCCUACAUCCUUUACUUCUUAUUAGAGAGUGCUAGGAUCUACCACCACCCCGCAGCCUCGUUUCUAACCACAUGGUUGGCCAUUAGCAACAGCUUCUGUAACUGUCUCAUCUAUAGCCUCUCUAACUCUGCCUUCAGAAAGGGCCUCAAACGCCUCUGCUCCUUCUGUUUACAGCGCAGUGGCACCAACUUCGGGGUCAAGAACACCAAAAAAGCUUUCGUCGGCUCCGUCGAGAAAAGAUGCUUUGGGCCAGGGUAUGGAUACGGUCAUGGCCAAAUAGGAAUCGGCACAACGUGUCAUGUGUGAGGAGCACACGAGGAGGGAACCUGGUUUGAACUUUAAACGAUGCCUAAUUUGAUUGCUGUAAAACGUCUCCUCUUUUUAGCUUAAAUGGGCUUUAAAGAGAUGGGCGGAGGCGUUGAUCUUCCACUGCUGUUUCUGUCGCAUUUAGAGGUUUUCACAGGCGUCCUCUUUGCACAGCUGGCAAAGACGAUGGAAGGGGAAAGCACUUUUGGAGGAAAAGGUUCAAAAAGAAAUGCAAGGUGUUUGAAAAUAGCAAAGGAAAGGCAGCAUUCUGUACUUUGUGUAGACAGGGGUGAUAUAUCGAAAAUGGUGAAAGUUGGCCAGAGGAGUGAACUAUUUUGAGGUUGAAUAUUUUAUCUUUAACUGAUUUUGCCAAAACUACAACAGAAGAUGUAUGUGAAGUAUUUAAAACAUUGUGACUUUUGUUUGACCUGAUUAUCAGCACUCUCUCAAGUGAAAGCAAAAAAGGAAGAAAUGAAUGCAAACAGAAGACUCACCUGCUGGUUAGAAAGCACUGAGAUGAGGAUAUUCUGCUCUUAUCAGCUCAGUAAACCGAUGCUUUGUGUAUCCAAUGUUUCUGUCCUCCCUGACUGAGAAUCCAAAAGGAGUGAUAAGAAAGGAUAUAUGCUUGAUUGCAGAAUGAACUGUUCAUGAUUUUUCAUAAACAAGACAUCUUUACCGUGGACUUUUAGAUUUUAAAUUAUUUAUUGAUGUUGUGUGAAACAAAAUUUCGUCAACCAAGUCAUCGUUUCACAUAUUGAUACUGAUUUUUAUAAUAUAUAUGAUCUGCUACUCGGCUUUGCUGUACGACUGUUAAUCUAAAACAUUCUCAUCACAUUCAUUGUUAAAAAAAUCAUAUUGCACUUUUGUCAUUGUGGUUAUGUGAGUCUUUCAUUAUUGUGAACGAGACAAAGCAGGACCAAGAAAGGAUGUAUUUUCGCACUUAUUGUUAGGGUUAGGGUUUUGAUUUUGGUACAUCUUUGGGCUAAUUUUUGUAGACUUUUGAAGGAAGGCAAAAAAGAUCAGCAUUUAGAUGAAUGACCCUUUGGACUGUGAUGGUCGUCUCUUUGGGAAUCAGCCGAGAGGGAUAUUGUCAAAGUGGUAAAAUCACAUUUGCAUAUUGAUACAAAUCUCAGUGUGGAGACUCGCACAUGUGCACACAGACACAUGGCAACACAGGAGGAUGUCAUGUAAACGAAACAGACAAAAAGCCCAUUCACUCUGCCAGCAGGCUGACCAUGAAGAGUGGUCUGACCCCUCACCUCCAUGUGUGUUUGUGUAUGCAUGUGUUGAAGUCUGUUUCCACCAUCUUGUUGCCAUGUGAAGUUCUGUGGCUUGUUUUUGCUCUCAUCUUUCACAGUCGACCAAGACCAAUUACAUGCUCAAUCAAAUCUUAAUGUACAUAUCGUAUUGUAAACUCAAAUAAUAAAAUAAGCUCUAAUUCGGACCAUGGAAGCUUGUACCACAUUUUAUUAGGGUUCAGAUAAUCUAGCUUUAUACACUUUAUCUUAUCUACCAAAGAAAAUUCAACAAAUAAUCCAGUUUUUUUUCCUACUAAAAUUGAAGAUUUAGUAAACUACUAGUAGGUUUCACACAAUGUUUGUGGUUUCACUGCACAGUGUUGG